AUGUCUUCUCCAAGUUUGGGCUGGGAACGAUUGCAGACUGUAUUUUAUCGCAGUCGCCCGCUUUUUGCCCUGCAGUGGGAGGAUGUGAAUCUGAAUGGUUGCAUGGUGGCAAUUGGGCCCUAUGCCGCGGCAAUUGCUGUGUUUCCGCACAUGAUGAGAACAGCGAUAGAGAUCUACUCGGGAUCGGGAUCACCGUUGACCUCCAUUCCCUGGAACGCAAAGGCUGGGAACAUUGUCAGUCUUGGCUGGACUGGACGGUGCGAGCUGGUGGUAGUUCUUCGCCACGGGAAGUACCGUGUGUAUACAGAUUACGACGGAGAGUUUGAAGAGUUCGUUAUAGGAUCUGAGGUUAUCGAUGUCCGGUUCUGGAAUAACGGGGUUGUCUUCCGCACAAUUGAGGGGUUCAAAAGCUUCACUUAUGGCGCUGAUGUUGCCGACGAGUUCCCUACCGUGGAAGGGUCCAUCGUUGGAUGGGCUAUCAUUCCUCCUGUCUAUCACACUCCGUUGAAACUUGUUAUUUCUACCCAGGACAGGCUCCUGCUGAUAGACCGCGGCAUACAGGACACCAAAAGGAACGAACGCGGGCCUUACAGUCUGAUCUCUGCGUCGCCAAACGGAGACUUUGUCGCGCUGUACGGCGACCAGAGCGUGCUGAUCGUGACCAGCGACUUCACUACCACCUUGAACGCGUUCAAGUGCGAGACGGGCAUGCCUUUGCAACUUGAGUGGUGCGGAAACGACGCCGUGGUGGCUAGCUAUGAGGACGAGAUGCUGCUGAUAGGUCCGUCCGACGAGUCUAUCACCUUAUUUCUGGACUCUCCUGCGAUCGUGCGGCCCGAGGUGGACGGACUGUUGUAUCUGGACAACUCCAGCCUGCAGUUCGUCUCCAGAGUCAGCAACUACACGGUCGAGACGUUCGGGAUUGGCUCCACUUCGGCAAGUGCGAUUUUGCUGGACGCCAUCGAGCAGAUCGAUCAGCGGUCGCCAAAGGCCAACGAGAACUUGGAAAUUAUAGCGGACAAACUUGCUGACGCGGUCGACCAUUGCAUCCGGGCCGCAUCGGAGGAGUUCGACCCUUACUGGCAAAAGAAGCUUCUGCGAGCAGCUACAUUUGGUAAAACCACUUUGGACAUGUAUAACUCCGACGAGUUUGUCGAGACGUGCAACAACCUGCGAGUUCUCAACAUUAUCAGACAGCCAGAAAUUGGGAUAUUCCUCACGUACAGCCAAUUUAUAGAGCUGGGGCUGGAUAGGCUUAUCGAUCUGCUUCUUAUGCGCAAAUUGCAUUAUCUUUGUCUGAAAAUAGCAGAUUUUAUGAGUUUACCUAAGGACAACAUCUACAUCAACUGGGCGUGUGCGAAGAUCCGCAACUCAGAGCUCGCUAACGAUGAGCUGCUCCAGGAAUUGCUCAAUAGACUCCAGGACAAGACUGUUUCUUUUGCACCGAUCGCGCAGGCCGCCUACAACGAAGGCCGUGCAGACCUCGCUACCAAGCUGUUGAGUCUCGAGACCGAUGUCAGUUUGGCUGUGCCUAUGCUGCUGGAAAUGGACCAGGACAGUCAUGCGCUCAACAAAGCAGAAGAAAGCCUGGACACAGACUCCAUCCUAUACAUUCUCGUGACGCUGCUGAACAAGGUCUCGGUCCCAGAUUUGCUGAAAAUGCUCAACAGAAAGAAGAACGCUUCGGGAAUCUUUAUUACGCAGGUGGCAUCGCGGGAUCUACAGCUCUUGAACGACUACUACUACAAGGAAGACUCUAUAUUUGGGUUGACAAUGGUGAAUCUGCAGAAACUCGCGCAGGAAACUGAAAUUGACAAGCGCAAACAGCUGCUGAACAAAGCUUCUCAGACUCUGCAGAGAUCAAAGUACAUGAAAACCGAGUCCAAGUGGCUCAAAGACGAGGCCAAGAACCUUGACAUAAUAACUCCUAUAGAGGCUAGUCUUAACACCAAGACUGCUUCGCAUUUGGAGCUCUUGGAAGUGCUUCUUAAAACCGACUUCAAGAAAGCCGUGAAACUGCAAAAAGAUCUCAAAAUAUCAGACAAACAAUUCUACUACAAAUUGCUCAAGACAUACAUCCAGCUUCCAGACAAAAGGCGCGAGCUAUAUGACUUCGCGACACAGAAACAGUCACCUAUAGGCUACGAGCCGUUCUACACAGAGUCCUUGAAAGUCGGCGACAAACGACACGCGUCGCUGUAUUUGGGACUUUGUACAAACAUGCCGUACAAAACGAAAAUUAAAUGCUACCUCAGCUGUGAUGACCACAAAGGCGCGAUCGAAGAAGCUUUCAAGAGGAAAGAUGCCGAUAUGAUCAGGCUGAUCAAGGAUUUGGCAGGCAACACAGCGCACAUCCAUCUAGCAGAUGACUAUAUCGAACGUCUAACUGGAAGGCGCUGA